UUCAAACAUUACCAACCGCUCAGUAGUUCCAUAUUACGUUUCAGUAUUUUAACAUUGAUUUGAGCCACAGAGCAGACUUCGCGAUCAUUUUGUUUAUUUCGUUUUUUUUGAGAAUUUUUAUAGUUUAAAACGUUAAGAAAAAAUAGUUUAAUAACACAAUAUGUCUACAGAGGAUUUAUUAGAGGAUGAUGGAUACAAUGUGGUGCCCGAGGAUGAACCGGAAUACACUGGCCCUGGAGAAAAUCAAGAAUUGGAAAAACCUUCCAAAGAUGAGCUUAAAGUCGCCAAAUGGAUGAAAAAGAAUGUUAAGACCAAGAAAACUAAAUUCUUAAGUCACAAUGUGGAAUAUUUCACUUCAAACAAAGCCAUCGAUGCUUUAAUGAAAUCCAAAUUUGUCGAAGGCUCUUCGCCGCUCUUUACCACAAGAGAACAGGCGGUGGAUUUUCUUGACAUCAUGCUGGAGCACAAAUUUUUCCAUCGAGCAAAAAAAGUGCCCAUUAGCAUAGAGGAAUUGCGUACGACCACAAAAGCGACAACGAAAGAAGAGGGCAAAAAGGAAGGCUCAGCAGAUAAAUCGCCUUCUACUUCAGCUGCUGCUGCUGCAAAGAAAGAUGAGAAACGUGAACUUGAAUCUAAUGAAGCUGGCGAACAGAGUGCCAAUAAUGGUGCUGGCAGUGAUGAGAAUGGUGGACAAUCGGCUUCCGGUGAAAAGAAAGAGAAAAAGAAACGCAAAAUUCGUUUGGAUAUGCAUCCCGAGCAGGUGUUCGUUGAUGGCUCCGAGGCCUAUGUGUGGAUAUUUGAUCCCAUACCCAUACACUAUUGGAUAUAUGGUUUAGUCUUGCUGCUGGGAGCCAUUGGCAUAUGCAUGUUCCCCCUUUGGCCUCCCAUGUUGCGUAAGGGAGUGUAUUAUCUGUCAUUGGCCGCUGCGGGUUUCUUAGUUUUCAUAUUGGCUUUGACGGUAUUGCGUAUGAUCAUAUUCACCAUUGUGUGGGCGGUGACUGGAGCCAAAUUGCAUUUCUGGAUAUUCCCCAAUUUGACCGAGGAUGUGGGCUUCUUUGCUUCAUUUUGUCCUUUAUAUGAGAGCAAAUAUGUCAGUGGCGAAGAUGAUGAUGAUAAGAAAUCCAAAAAAUCCAAAUCCAAAUCUAAAAAAUCCAAAGAAAAAGACAGCGAUUUGGAGGAUAAUGACAAUGAGGAUGUACCCGCCGACACUGAACCUUUGGAGCCGGAAAAGAUUGAGGAAAUCAAAGAGCAUGAUGCCGAUGUUUUGCUAAGGCAUCGCAAGGUGGCCGGCUCUGCCAACGAAGAGGAAGAAUCCCACAGUGGCAGCAGCAGUGCCAAUGAGGCAGCCCAAGAUUCCGAAUCAGCUAAAUGUUCACAAAAUCACUCUGAAUCGGAAUCGGAUGGCAAAGACUAUGAAAUAAUCAGUUCAAGUGAAGUGCAAAAUGUGAAAUGAAACCAACAUCAAACAGCAACAGGCGAAAAUAGCAAUUUUACAACCAUAUGACACGAAUACCAACAUUCACAUCCACUCUAAGAACCAAAUGCUCUGCUAAUGGAAAUCAAUGGAACAGCCAAUUUAACAGCCAAGCAGCAGCAGCAGCACAACCCAGAAGCAAAUCAUAAAAAUUAGUAAAAAAAUUUUUAGAGGAAAUAAAACAAAAGCUUAAAUAACAACUACCAACUCAGACCAUAUAUACACACAUAUUUGCGUACAUACCAACAUAUGUAAACAUAUACACAGACAGACAGACAGACACACAUGCAAUUUCGUUCGCAUAUAUAAAUGUCCAUUGUAAAUUAUAUUUGGCUUAAAAAUAGAAAAACAAAAACAAAAUAUAAGCUCUGGCAUAGACA